CUUACCUAAUCCUUAUUAUGGCUCUUUUACCACAGUGCCGCUCACAUUACGGCUUUAUUUUAGAUUAAUAAAUACCUAAAAGGUGAUGCUUUGCAAAUUAUCUGGGACAGUAAUUGUUUGAAAUAACCCAGAGUUUGCCUGUCUGACGUGUACUUUAAAGACGGUCGUGGCUGGAAUCUGGGGACAAUGUCGUUUCUUAGUUUUAAGACACAAUUAGCCUCCAUCAUGGAUAUGCUGGUUAGAUCAGCGAUAGGCGAAUUUAGUAAACUUGAGCACAGCCCUGCUGUGUUGCGUUUGGAUAUGUGGAAAAACGAGGGCGACGAAGCAAUGAAGAGGAAUUUGCAGUUUCUCAAUGAACAAAGGACGGUGGGUUUAUUACGGCUGGGGCGCAAUAUUUACUAUAGUUUUAACAAUGUACCCCUCAGCAGACGCCUGACCUGGUGGCAGUGGUCUUUUCCUGACACUAGCAUGACACUAUGGAUGCUUUUCUCACCUCUAUUUCAAUCAGUGUAUUUAAUUGCAUAUAGAGCACAAUAGCGACUCUCUGCCUUCAGGGCAGGCGGAGCCAAAUGUGGGUUCAGAUCCUACCUCAGACUGUCUGUAUUCCCCUUUGCGUUGUCAGUAGUUGCAAGACCGGUGAAACAUUCUGGAAAGAAAUCAGUUUUUACUUGGUCAAGCAAAUAAACUGUAAAAUGUUCAGUCAAGCUUUCGCAAUUUAUGUGCGCUGCCCGUUUGAUAAUAAGUGAUUUGUCAAAUAAGAAAUGAAUAACAAUUUCUCUUCCUCAGUUAGGGACACCUCAUAGACUAGGAACAUUGCUUUUGGAAAUGUCGUUUCAGCCCAAAGACUGAUUACUUAUAGUCUGCAUCUUUGACACCAUAAAUUUGCCCGUAUGGUUUUAUGCAGUAGGUGGUGCUGUUUGCUCAAGCUCGUAGGGUUGGAGUCUCUGAUCUCACCAUGCAAAUUCUGUUUGUGUGGAAUUUGCAUGUUAUUCCUGUGUGUCUUGGGUUUCCUCCCGCACUCCAAACACAUGCAGUUAGGUUAAGUGGUGCCUCUAAAUCGGCUGUAGCUCAUGACUGUAUGUCACCCGUCUAGAGUGAAAGCCAGCCAUUGCUGCCUUGGGGAGACCCCAGGACCCCUGUGAUCCUGACCAGAAUAAGUUGUUGAAAGAUGGAAGGAUAGUUUCGUGAUUACUGAUUCCAGUCCUACAUAUUACUACUUUGGUCCUUCUGAUAUGCUUGAUAUGCAUGGUUGUCUUUUUAGGCGAGUAUUUGCACCUGCCCCUGUGCUCAAAAAGUAGAAUUUUUAUCUGCCCCAUUUUCAGUAUGAUUUAAUUUUUUUUCCAUUUUUGGUCCCCAUUUUUUGAUCUCUUUGGCUCAUAUCAAAACUUUUUUAAAAUCUGCACCCAACCAAGCAUUUGUGAAAUGUUUUGUUUUUGGUUUUGACCAGGAAUUUUUAUGUAGCAUACUAUGACACAGUUAGCCUCUAUAAUGGCGAUAUUGGCCAAAGCUGCGGUGGCAGAAAUUAGCAAGCUUGCUGAUGACGGAUUCGCUGUGUUGCGUUUGGAAAUGUCCCGGAGCCAGAAAGAGAAUGACGAUCUUAAGAAGAAAGUACAGCGGAUGGAGGGUGAGCUGAGGACAGCCGGAAGAAGAGCAGAGAAUCCAGGAGGUGCAUCAGAGAACCGAUCAGUGGGGAUUCAAGUCGGACUUGAAUUAAGAGAAUCUGAAAAAGCAGAUGGAUGUUCUUCAGAACAGGGAGUGCGUGACUUGGGAAAACACCCCAGGUUGUGGAGGGAUGGAGAGACCAUCACUGUGAAACUAGAAGAUGAUUUGCCGCACUCUGAUGGAGCGAGUGAGGAGGAGGCUAUAGACAUAGAGGAUGACAGACCGGAAAUACUACUGAUUAAGGAGGAGAGACUGGAAGAGGAGCUGUGGACCAGUGAUCUUCAGGACGGAGAGGAGAGGAAUGUGGACUCCGGUUCGGAUGCGGGAACGACUCCAGUUUUGGAACAUUCACACUAUAGAGAAGAGAGUUCCAUGGAGACCACAUGUGAUAAAAGUCGGGGGAGAAUGGACACGGAAACCUGCUCCAUACAGCUGGAUUUGGCUGUGAAGGAGAAAGACGAUUCCUCCCUCAGCAGGAGCAGCUUCACUGCGCAGAGCCAAAUGAUAGAAUCGGUGAUCGAACAAUUCAUCUGUUCACACUGCGGAAAGAACUUCGAUUGUUUUAGCCGCCUCAAGACACACCAGCAAAUACACUCAGGAGAGAAACCGUACAGCUGUGAAAAGUGUGGGGAGAGCUUCUCUUAUCUAAGUAACUUAAAGAGACACGAGAGGAAUAUCCACAGUGAAAAGAAAUCUAUCCAUGGUUCAUCCUAUGACAGGUUUGAUACAAAAAGAGUCCAUAUUAAUUUACCACACAGACUUCUGCCUGGGGAGAAGCCGUUCGGUUGUACACUGUGCGAUAAAAGUUAUCGUAAGCCAAGCCUUCUUAAGAAACAUCAAGUUGUUCACACAGGAGAGAAACCAUAUAGUUGUGAUAUAUGUGGGAAAAGUUUCUCCUAUGUGUGUAGUCUGAAAUCACAUCAGAUCAGUCACAGUGGGGAGAAGCCUUUCUCCUGUCCGCAGUGCGGAUCCAGCUUUACAAAGAAAGCUAACCUCGAGACGCAUUUAAGUAUACAUGCAGGAGAAAAACCUUUCAGUUGCCCGCACUGUGGAAAAAGCUUUUCCCAGAAAAGUAAUCUUAAAGCUCACGUUAGAGUCCAUACAGGUGAGAAGCCGUUUUGCUGUGAUGAGUGUGGUGAAUGCUUUAUUCAUGCUAAUAGUCUGAAAACCCACAAGCAGAUUCAUACUGGGAAGAGACCUUAUAGUUGUGAAACUUGUGGGAAGAGUUUCAGUCGAGCUACGCAUGUCAAAAUCCACCAGCGCAUCCACACAGGAGAUAAACCGUAUAGCUGUGUCACUUGUGGGAAGUGUUUCAGUCAGAAGGGUUACCUGAAGACCCAUCAGGUGGUUCACACAGGAGUAAAAGACUUCAGGUGUCAUGUGUGCGAGAAGAGUUUCAGUCAAGCAAGCUGUCUUAAAAAGCACCAGCGAAUUCACACGGGAGAGAAACCGUUCAGCUGUGAACAAUGUGGGAAAUGUUUCGCUUACCAAAAAUCUCUUAAAGAACACAAGUGUGUCUCUGUUUUGAAAUAGACUGUUUUGAAGUAUCUUGUUGAUUUCAAUUUGGUUUACUGUACCACCAUGUUGCUAGUAAAGUCAAGAGCUGAAAGGGUUUUAACAGCAUGGGUUACAAGAAUCAAAUUCAUUUGCAAGUAGUUUUAAUUAAGUAAUGUGACACUGAAUAUCCAAGGGAGGGUAAUUUAUCACGUGAGAUCAAAAAUAUUGGCCUGUACAUCAAUUUUGCAUUUUGAAUCUAACGUACCAAAAAAGCUUGUUGCUUAAUUGAGAAGUUCUGCACUAAAAAGAAAUUAAUUCAGGAAUUGACAUUCGUGUCAUUAGUGCUAAGGGGAUUUCCAAAGUAGAUCAAUUGAAGGGUGGAAAUCAAACAACACAAGUACAAAACCAAGCUUGGUCUUUUUUGUGCUCAUGGAUUUAUUUGUCAACUUCUUGUGAAAUAGUGAGUAGUGGAGACUGUCCUGAACACCCAGCUUGCAAUGUAAACUGUGAAAAGAUGAAAUUACCUUCCCCCCCCCAGAACAGUGAUGGCUGCCUAUGCAAAUCCUGCCAUUAAAAGUAGUGCCUGAA